AACUUCCUCGACUAACAGUUGCGUUGCAUGCAUAAUCUCUUGUCACACCGGCAGGAAGUCUUGACAGUUUGCAUCUGUUGAGCUAGGAAGGAGUUUAAAGGCGCGCUCUGGUGUGUAUGCCACGUCCCAAAUGGUCACGUCACGUCAGUAUGUGUGAGUCUUAAUAAUCGGUAGUUUCCGGGCCGACCCGUUCGGCUGUGGCUGACGCCGCCUCACCCCCGCCGAUCAGCCAUGGCCGAUUCCCCAUCCCAUCGCCACGCCCCUCUUCUUCUGUUCCGGACAGUUACCACCGCUCCUAUUCCAUUCUUCUCCAUUUAUUUAUAACCUCUCCCCUCCAUCCUCUCUCCAGCCUCUCCCAGUUCCCAGUUUCCCACCACCUCCACCGCCACUUCACCGCACUCCGCACCGAAGUCAACCCGGCGCAAGGAGCACGAACAGCCCAGCGGAGCAAGCGCAAACCGAACCGCAGGCGCAGGCAGGCCAUGGACGAUGACAUCGACAGCACCUGCUCCACCCCGUUCGCCAGCGCGCCGUCCAGCCCGGGACGUCCCCACUCCAUCGGCGGCGGCGGCGGAGGAGGAGGAGGCUACUUCUUCAGCGCGCCGGCCAGCCCCAUCCACCACCUCCUCCUCUCGACCUCGUGCUCGGCCUCCGCGACCCCCGGCGCCGGUGGUGGGCGUGGGUGCGCGGGCGACGCGGAGUUCGAGUUCGGCGGGCCUGGCGGGCCCAUGAUCUCCGCCGACGAGCUCUUCCACAACGGCCAGAUCCGCCCGCUCACCCUGCCCCCGCUCCCGGAUCUCGACCCCGGAAGCGACGACGACGACGACUGCGGCGGCGUGGGCGGCCGCACGUCGGCGCGCGGCCGCGACCUCACGCCCCGGAGCGCGUCCGUGCACCGCCGCGCGCGGUCCAUGUCCCCGCUCCGCAGCGCGUCGCCGCGGCUCAAGCUGAUCAAUGCGCUCGUCCCGGCGCCGGAUCUCGGCCCCGUUCCCGACGCCACGGGGACGCACGGUGGGGAGGCCGCGCCGCCGGUCACCGCCUCGUCCCGCUCGUCCUCGUCCUCCUCCACGUCGUCGUCGUCCUCGUCCGGUACGUCGUCGGCGCGCGGGUCCCGGCGGUGGGUGUUCAUCAGGGACAUGCUCCUCCACCGCAGCAAGAGCGAGCCAGGUAGCAGCAGCAGCGCCCACUCGCGCGACGCCAACCCCGGGGCGCCGCCCGCCGCCGGCGCUAACAACAAGCCCGAACGAGCCUGGCCGUUCCCGCCGGCCUGGGUAGCCAGGGACAGACUCGCCGCGAGGCUCCGCCCCUCUCGCGCGCCGCCAGCGGCGACGGAGGCCGCUGGUGGUCCCGGCGGCGGCGAGGAUGCGGCCCGGCCGCGGGCGCAGGGCAGGAGUGGCCGCCGGCGACGUUCGACCACGGUGGCGGCGGCGCACGAGAGGCUGUACGCUGCGCCGAACCGCGCGCAGGCGGAGGAGAUGCGGCGGCGCACGUUCCUUCCCUACCGGCAGGGCCUCCUGGGCUGCCUGGGCUUCAGCUCCCGCGGCUACGGCGCUCUCCACGGCCUCACCAAAACCCUCAACCCCGUAUUCUCCCGGUGAAAAGUCGCCGUCAAAAGGCUCCCAGGAAAAAAAGAGAGUAUAACGAAAGAAAAUCAGAGAUCAGACCAGGCGGAGCUUGAGAAAAAAGGUGUUGAGCCGAUUUGAUUAGCCACCUGUUCGUCAUGUUCAUGUAAUGUAUGCGAGCAUUUUUUUUUUAUCUUGGUUGUUUUGUGUGCGUUCUGUAUAGCGGUAAUGUUGAGUUCGGAGUGGAAGGUAGUUUGGCGAUGGUCACGUCAAGCAGAGCAUCUGGAUAGAGAGGCAGACAUGCAAUGCAAUUCGAUAAAUAUGGCGCGAAAGCAGUCGCUGGCGCCUUUUCUGUGUGCUGUGCGUGGUAGUGUGCCCAAGUAUAAAGCAUGUACUAUUGCUGCAGCAUCUUCAAAGCAAAUCGCACUACAACAGAUUUGUACUA